AUGUCCGAGUCUAUGUGGACCGAAGACGAGAUUCGAUAUUUCCGAGCCUUGCUUGCGUGGGUAGCGAGCGAUGAGGAUGAUGACUGUGGCUAUGAUAAAUUGCCUCCCCUGGAGCGGCAUGCAGGGGAAUUCAUGUUCCUUGUUCUAGGAGACAAGGGUUGUGGGAAGACGUCGCUUCUAGAAAGGUUCUGCUCCGGUACAUUCGCCGAGGAGGAUCGACCAUCCGAACUUGACGAGCAAGAACGAGGCUAUCGCCAUAUCCUAAGAAUUGAGGACCAAACCUAUGUCAUUAACGCCUUAGAACUUCCAUCUCGGCAUCUGUCUAGCGAGGAUCAGCUCACACAAGCGGUGCAGAUUACGGAAGCUGUUGUCCUAGUAUACGAUGUCAAGUCGAGAGCGUCCUUCACUCUCAUCCAAGACGUUUACAACCCAUAUUCGCGAUAUGAUCGGGCAGACGCGCACGUAUGGCCUCAUGCUCGUAGGUACCAAUUCCGACUGCGAGGACGAACAGCGAGUGGUAUCCUGGGCCGAGGGCCGCAAGCUCGCAGCAAGCUUCGGGCUUGGAUGCGCAUUCCUCGAGACCUCGGCCAAAUCAGGUGA